AUGUCAUUUACAUUGCCGCCGCCGUUGAAGCAGCAAUUAACUCUAUACCGUGAUUCCCUGAAUAGCCAAAUUGAGGCAUGGGCUGCUGAAUACCACGUCAAUCCCGCGGCAAUCCGACGGCAUCUCGGCUUCUCACGCGAAUUCGGUCGACAGCCCAAUUCAUGGAACCUGUACCAGCGGUACCUGGCUGAACAGAAGCGGAAGAAUGCGAAUGGCGAUCCUUCGGCUUUAGACGUGGGAUCCGGCACUGGUCGAACCGAUGCUGGUGCCUCACAAGCACAACGCAUUCGUGAUGAACUCGCACCCUUGUACCAAAAGAUGAAGGAAGACCCUGAGUUCAUGCUACGGACGCGACAGGAAAUCAGUGCAUGGGAGCAAGACAACCGGCUGGAGAAAUCCAGCACAAUCACCCGGGCCGAAUACAAGCGUGCUGUCCGUCGUUUUGAGCAGUUUUCGCAACAAUGUUCGCAAAAUUUAGGCGCCGAAUCUUUCACGAUCAUUGCGCAUCCGAAUAUAGGCUCGAACCAUGUCCAAAUCACAGCUUCUCCUGCUGGACUGCAUGCGUUCCAAACAGCACUCGGUGCAGGCAAGCCUCUAGAGACGUUUCAAAACCGGUUUGCCGCUUGCAUCUGUCUAACCAUUGCGCCAACCGACGAUCCGACCGCUCUCGAGCGCGAGACAAAUUUAGAUGUCCAAGUCCCACUUCAGCCGCAAGAACCGAUUAUUUUGCCUGAGGAUCCAACUUUGCUCACGUCGAUUCAAAAGCGCAAGCUUGCUACGCCUCUAUUCCAACGCCUGGUUGAGUCGGGAUUGGAUCCCGUUGGCCUGGCAAAUUUCCGGAAGAAAUCCCAGUCGCGCUUCCCGUGGAAGGGCCUAAUGACAUGGCUUUAUGAGAAUGGGUAUCGAUUCAACUACUGGCCCAACGAUUCUACACUGUAUGGGGUCCGUCAUGCUGCCGGUGAAGCGGCUUUACUGCCUGCACAUCUACGUUGCGAAGGUCUUAAUACGCCGAAUUGCUGGAAGUCCGAUGCCAUGAAUGCCAUUCUGCGCGCGUGCGUUGACCCAACGGAUCCUCUGCGCGUUGUGCGUUUGUAA